AUGGCACAGGAAGAUACCAAGCAAAUCCAUGCUGCCUUGGUGACGGGGGCCCAUGCGUUGCAUUAUGCCUUUCAAGAGUUUUGCAAAGACGCCGGAAUCUGCAUUGAUCCUCAGGGUGUUGGGUUCAAACCAGUUACCGUUGUGGGACGGGGAGAGUUUGAAGGGGAAUUUAUUACCCGAGAAAUGAUGUCCUUGCCAAUGAAAAGGAAGCAAUAUGCCAAGAUGGGCAUGCGUAGCUUUCGAGAGGAUAAAAUGCAAUCAUCACUGCAAUCCUGCCUGUCAGCAUUGUUUCAGUAUCAUCACCAACACAACCACAAUCUUCUUGGUCACACCGGUUUGAACGGGGACACUCCUGGUAUGGGUGGAUGA